UUUCGCGACUGCAGUCAACUGGUACACUGUACGACAUUGGCCGUUGACCAACGUGACUGCACCGACGACAGCACCUUCUUCUGCUACUGCUGCUCCAGUGUAGUACUACCCAUGAGCCAGCGCAGCGAGGACAAGCACCUUCUCGGGUGGGCACGUAGCCUCUGGAAGACAGGCAAGGCACGCAAGACAGGCGGUGUGACGCAAGACGCCGCCGUCAACUCGAUGGCGCACCCACUUCGCCGCUGCGAGCCGACGCCGACAUCUGCCGCGCGCCACGUGACGGUGCGCACGGCCACGCGGCGGCCACUGAGCAACCUCACGAGCACCAGCGACGACCGUGGCGCUGCGAACCGGAGCACGUGGCCAUGGGCGUUCCUCGACAACGUCGAGACGUCGUCGCGCAUGCAGCUGGUCGAGCGUGGUCAAGACGCGCUGCGUCUCCUCCAGCGCGAGUGCUCAUCGCGCCCAUCGUUUGAAGCGCGGCGAAAUCCGACCGACCGGGACGAGUCCGUGCUCGCCGUGCACGAGCCGUCGCGGCUUGUCGCGACAUACAACCAGCGCACGCAGCUGUACACGGUGACCUCGAGCUUGGACGUCGCGGCCAAGCUCAGCGAAGUGCAGGACCUCGUCGCCGGCAACAACGGCGACAUGCUCUUGUACCGCAUCUUUGGCGACGACCUCCAGCGGCUCGAGCUCGCGCGGCUCGUCUACACGGACAACGACCUCAAUUGCAGCGUGCGCAAGGCCUGGUUCCGCGAGCGCGGCCUCGGGCGCAACCUCAAGGAGCUCUUCUUCCUCGACCACAUGGAGCCGCUCUCGGCCACGUCGUUCGGCCGCAUCUGCAAAUCGGUCGACAGCGGGAGCCACCCGACCAAGCUCAACGCGACCACGGUCCUGCCGCGGUACACCCACUGCCUCUUUGGCCUGCAUUUGGAAGCGACGUCGCCCAAGUCGGUGCGGCUCGUCUUCUACGCCGAGCACUGCGUGUACCCGCCGCAGCUCGCGUCGUCGUCCGACGUCCGGUCGCGCCUCGAGAGCAUGGGCGAAAACAUCCUCGUGAUCCAGCAAACGCUGCUUCGAAAGCGGCUCGGCUCCCGGCAGCUGCAUCUCGAGCGCCGACCCGACGCGCCGCUGACGCUCGACGCUGCUUGCCGCGUCUGCACCAAGGCCUUUCACUUUUUCCGCCGACCGCUCAUCUGCAGCGUCUGCCUCGCGGCGACCUGCCACGAGUGCACGGCGAUGGAGGACGUCGAGAGUCCGAACGGGCUCGAGUUUCGCGUCCCGAUCUGCUGCGUCUGCGUCGACGCGGUGCAGCACGACGUGGCAAGCACCGUGGCACCCGCGCGCGAGACGCUACUGGACGACGACGGCAACUGGAGCGAGAGCAGCUGGGGCGUCUCGAUCGUGCAGGCACCUACCUCGUCGCGCUUUGAGCCCAAGGCGGACGCGGCGUGCACCCAGUGCAUGCAAGCGCGGGGGCAAUUGCAUGCGUGCGGCGUCUGCAGCCAGCUCUUUUGCCGGGCCUGCGUGUCGCCCCAAGCGGUCACGACGCGGCGAGGGAGCCUCUCGACGUUUGACCUCCUCGUCUGCGGCGGCUGCAACCACCCAUCACGGCGGAAACCCGUGGACGAGUACCCAUGGGACACGAACACGUACAUCUCGUACGACGAGGUGUCGCCGCUCUCGUCGCCGACGUCGUCGUUCCUCGCGUCGUCGUCGCACCAGCCGUCGUCGAUCGUGCUCGAGAGCGACGCGCGAACGAGUCUCCAGAGCAGCGCGAUCGAGGCACUUCGGGAGAGCGCCUGCCUCGACAUGGGCUCGACACCGUACCACGAUGCGCUCUGCGCCCAAGCCCUCGAUGAGCUCGAGGUUGCCCACGCCGCCGUGUGCCUCAUCUACAAGGAGGCGUUCAUGCUCAAAGGCGUCGCCGGCACCGGGUACAUUCCGACCACGAUUCCAUCGCGCUGUGAGCUCAACCUCGCCACGCUCCAGUCGCUCGACGAGCCGACCAUCGUACCAGACGCGUCCGUGGACGUCCGCUUUAAAGACUCGCCCCGUGUCCUCGGAAAAGAGUCGAUUCGAUUCUUUGUGGGCAUGCCGAUUGUGACGCUCGAAGGCAUUUUGCUGGGUACCGUCACGAUCGCUGACACGGCGCCACGCCUGCGCUUCCACGCCCAACACAUUCAAGCCAUGUACAAGUUUGCACAAGCCGUCGUCGACCUUGUCGAGUACCGGCACCGGACGUCGACCGCGCUCUCGAAAAGCAGCACCGAGUCGGACCCGUAGGCCCGUGUAACAACAACCCAUGUAGUCUAGUCGUCUUGUAGCAUACUACGUUCUAUGUUGGCCAA